AUGGGUAGUUUUAAUCCUGGAUUUGUCUUCUGCAUCUACUUGUCUAUUCUUUCUAACUUACUGCUCAUCAUACAAUACACAACUGCGCAACCAAAUUAUAUUUAUCAUUUUUGUUACGGAGACAAUUACACUACUGGCAGUACAUUCGAAGCUAAUCUCAACAGUCUUUUUCCUCCAAUCAUCAGAAAUAGAUACGAUAACGCUACCGAUGGCCUAAGUCCGGAUACUGUUUAUGGGUCUAUACAGUGUAGAGGAGAUGUUACAUUAGAUACUUGUCAAAGUUGUCGUGAUUUUGGUACUCAAGAUAUCAAGGAUAGAUGUCCGAAUUCUAAAAAAGCAAUUAUUUGGUUUGAUACAUGUAUGCUAAGGUAUUCAAAUGAGUAUUACUUUAAUAUUGUGCAAGUUACUCCAGCAGUUUAUAUAUGGAAGCCAAAUAAUAUUUCUAAUCCGAACCAGUUUAACCAAAUUUUAGGUGGUUUUAUGAAUGAUUUAGAAAAAGAAAGGUCUUUUUCUUCGAACUUUGCUAGUGGAGAUAAAAAUCUUACUAAUGGUAGAAAAUUAUAUGGAUUAGUCCAGUGUAGUCCAGAUAUAGCUUCAAAUGAUUGUAGUCGAUGUCUUGUUGGAGCUAUAUCUGAGUUACCAAAUUGUUGUGCCGGGAAACAAGGUGGAAGAGUUCUUAGACCCAGUUGUAAUGUUAGAUAUGAAUUAUAUCCAUUUCUUCAACUUCAAUAUAUAAAUGUUCCUUCACCCCCUUCAGUAUCACUUCCUGCUCCUCUCCUAUCACCACCACCUCCUCUCGUAUCACCACCAUCUUCGACGAAUACAACUACACCUAAAUCAAAUGGGAAUAACUCAUCCAUACUUGCUAUAAGUAUCACCAUUCCUUCAGUUAUCGUAGGACUAACCGCUAUUGCCUUUUGGUUCUUCUGUUUCCAGAGAAAGAAAACAAAGAAACAACAUUUUGACGAUGUUGAUGAAGAGAUUCCAAGUACAGAAUUCUUACAAUUCAGCUUCAGUAUGGUUAGUACUGCAACAAACAAUUUCUCUGAAUUUAAUAAACUUGGGGAAGGUGGAUUUGGCUCUGUUUAUAAGGGUACACUUUCAGACAGCCAAGAAAUAGCCGUAAAGAGGCUAUCGAAAAAUUCAGGACAAGGUGAAGAAGAGUUCAAGAACGAAGUUACAUUAGUAGCUAAACUUCAACACAGAAAUCUUGUGAAACUUGUUGGUUUCAGCAUAGCUGGUGCAGAGAAACUACUCAUAUAUGAAUUCAUGCCAAACGGAAGCCUUGACCAAAUCCUUUUCGACCCAAUUAAAUGUACAUUGCUUGAUUGGGAAAGACGAUACAGGAUAAUAGGAGGGGUAGCAAGAGGACUUGUCUAUCUCCAUGAGGAGUCUCGACUUAAAGUCGUCCAUCGGGAUCUCAAAGCUAGCAAUAUAUUAUUAGAUAUCGAAAUGAAUCCUAAAAUUGCAGAUUUUGGCAUGGCUAGGCUUUUUGGCCUUCAUCAAAUUCAAGAUAGUACUAACAGAAUAGUUGGAACCCAUGGCUACAUGGCUCCAGAGUACGUACUUUAUGGUGAAUUCUCUGCAAAAUCAGAUGUUUUUAGUUUUGGUGUCUUGGUCUUAGAGAUUGUUUGUGGACAGAGGAACAGCAGUUUUCGUACAUCAGAUAUUGCUCGCGAUCUUCUAAGCUAUGCAUGGAGGCAUUGGAAUAAUGGAUCUGCUAUAGAAAUAUUAGAUCCAACUUUGAAAGACACGUAUUCUAGAAAUGAAGUGGUUAGAUGCAUCCAUGUUGCAUUAUUAUGUGUUCAAGAAAAUGUCGAAGAUAGACCCUCAAUGCAGACUGUUGUCCUAAUGCUCAGCAGCUACUUUUCAAUCAGUCACAAUUUACCUUCUGCGCCAGCAUUCUUUACUGGUAGUAGUAGACGUAUGGAGCCCAAGUCGACAUUAUACUCAGACUACACUGAAGAACAAGGGAGCUCAAAGAACGACUUAAUCAGCGAAACAACAACAAUGAGCUUGAAUGAUGUUUCAGUUACUGAACUUCACCCUCGAUGA